AUGUACAGCAAGCUCCUCAAGCAGCUUGGCGAGCGUCGGAUUGCCAUGUUUGAUGCUCAGAAGGACAACGACACUACAGUUCACGAGUCAACAGAGCGCAUCCAGUCAUUCCCUGCAGGAAACAGCUCUGAGAUUGAUGCAGGAAGAGCUGUGUCAUGCCCUACAGCAUUGACUGAGACCCCUUCUUGUCAUGCUCCAACCGUCUCUGUAGCGUCGAAGUCUGCCACACCCUCAGUAGUCCCAAUGUCCCCGAAGCCGCCUCAGCCCAGCCUCCCUCAAGUCACCAUCGCCAACUCAACCGACUCGUCUUCUAGCCGGAACCAGGAGACAACAGACACCGCCCAGGUUGGACCCGAAGUCCCGACCAGCGAAACGCUAAUGAAGAAAGAGCUGUUGAAUUUGUUGCGCGAGGUCUAUGUCAAGUAUCCGAGCGCUGAAGACGACGAUCUUGUCGAGGAGAUGGCGCUUUCUUUGAAGGUUCCGCUCCUCGCUGGUGAUAAAGAACGUGUGAAGGAGCUUAAGAGGGACUUGAAGGUGUAUCUGAUCGCCCACCAUGGUCAGUCCUUGAAGAUGUCGCAGUACUUGGAAGAGGUAUGUGGAGGAAUCUCAAGUCAAGCGAACUAG